AUGUAUUUCAAGACCGCCAUCGUUUCCGCUAUUGCGCUCCUCUUCGCCAGCCAAGCCAUGGGCGACGCUCCGAUUGCCUACAACCCAUACGCAGCUUGCAACUGCCCAGACAACUGCUUUCAUAGACCAGGCUCCAUAUGCGAGUACUAUGCUGAUGACUCUCACCAUUUAGUCUAUCAUGGAAGAUGCCAUAAGAGGCACCACCACGUAUUGACUGUAUGUAACUCCAAUGGUUAUCUUGGUUCCCCUCUAGCUCUCCUUGAGCAGACGAAGGAAGCUGUCGUCAUCGAGAACAUGCCUCGGCAGUACAGUGCAUUCCUCGUUAAGGAGCUAAAGCCCUGA